AUGUCACCAGCACUCAACCCCUCCCUCUCCAGGAAGCGAUUUUUGUUUUGACAGGCAGUUUACUUUCCAGUAGUUCUUAGUCCGAAGGGUUGUUAUCCGUCUUAGGUGCUUGCUAAAAUCUCAGUAAACACCACGGGAGAAAAUGUCCUUCUUCCUGAACCUCAUCACUGGCAGCUUUCGGUUGGUGUUUGAUUGGAUCCAGAGGCUUUUUGGCCUUAAAAGAAGACCUGCCAUCACUCUUGAAGACCCUAACAUAAAGUAUCCAUUGCGCCUUGUGGACAAAGAGAUCAUCAGUCAUGAUACAAGAAGGUUUCGCUUUGCUUUAAAAUCACCAGAGCAUGUUCUUGGACUUCCUAUCGGACAGCACAUCUACCUGUCUGCCAAGAUUGAUGGCAACCUUGCGGUGAGACCGUACACCCCUGUCUCUAGCGAUGAUGACAAAGGCUUUGUUGACCUGGUUGUGAAGAUAUACUACAAAAAUGUCCAUCCAAAGUUUCCAGAGGGAGGGAAGAUGUCUCAAUACUUGGAGAGCCUUCGUAUUGGUGACACAAUUGAUUUCAGAGGACCAAGUGGACUGCUGGUUUACAAAGGCAGAGGUUCAUUUGCGAUCAAGCCUGAUAAGAAAUCAGACCCUGUGAUUAAAACGGCAAAACAUGUUGGCAUGAUCGCUGGGGGAACAGGCAUUACACCUAUGCUCCAGAUAAUCAAAGCAAUCAUGAAAGAUCCAAAGGAUGAGACUGUGUGUUCCUUACUUUUCGCAAACCAGACAGAAAAAGACAUUCUCCUACGCCCUGAGUUAGAAGAGGUUGUGGCCAAUCACCCGACACGUUUUAAGCUGUGGUACACCGUCGACAGAGCUCCAGAUGGUUGGGAGUACAGCCAAGGCUUCAUAAAUGAGGACAUGGUGAGGAGCCACCUUCCUCCAAACGCAGAUGACACACUCAUCCUCAUGUGCGGACCUCCUCCCAUGAUUCAGUUCGCCUGCAACCCCAGCCUGGACAAGGUGGGUCAUUCCAGUGACAGGCGCUUCACCUUCUAGAAGGUUGUCACCUCAAACCAAGCAGUUAAAAAGUCAAAAUUAUAAACAUGCUACCACCUGCCAAAUGUCCACAUGCACAACAACUCAAAACAAUCCAUGAUGAUAAAAAAAGGCUUUACCUUUCACUUCAUAUCAAAGUGUGGCAGCUCUGCAUGCAAGAUGUACCUGCCAAUUAAGUCAUGUGUUGGAGAUGUUUGUGUGUUUAUGCUUCAAUUUCAGCAGAUGCUGGAUGAUAUUGAAAUUGUCAUUUAAUGUGUCAAGAUUUUUGACUUGCUCAAUUAAUGCAUUUUUUAAGCCUCAACAGAUAUUGGUGAUGGAUCUUUUACAAUUAUAAUGUCCAUGUUACACAUAAUUUUUACGUUCACAGAAACAAUAAACUGUUUGUCAAAGUAAAUACAUGGUUCAUGUUGUGCAUUAGUUUUAUGCUACACAUAUUAAUUUAAUCCAUUGUGUAACACGAAUGCUGAAAUGGGACCUGGUGCUGCUCGUUCACGCAGUGCACAGUGCAUAUUCGUUUGUCUUUCAACAAAAGUGCAGGACGAGGAUUAAGAAACUUUGAAAUAUUCAAGGCAAAAAAACAACAAAAAGCAAGAGAAGAGAAUUUUGAAUCUUUCCAUUAUUAAGUGCCUUUGUUGCAUUGUUGUGCAUGAUUCCAUACAAUAAAUAAUGUAUUUAAAGAGUGAAAAUAAAUGUCCAAUUUAUGACCUGUUUGCAUCUCAUAUAAUUUGUCUGCGUUGCCAAAAAAGCAUUUCUGCAAUAAUUUUACAUUUACCAAUAAAGGUGUGUUCUUCCUUGGUUUUGUAGAACUGAA